UAGACAACGUGUUGGCCCUUUUCUAUGUUUUAAAGCCAAAUAUGUGUAGCACUGAAUUGUUUUAAGUGUCCAGAAAUUUUUUUUGCGACUAUGGAAGAUCAAGUGGAACUUAUCGUUGGAAGUUACGAGCAGAUCGUCCUUGGUUACCGCGUGUGCCCGGGAGAAGAGGAAUGGAAAAUUGAGCCUGUCUUUACUCAUCAUGCACAUACAGCAUGCCUAUCUGCAGUAGCAGCAAGUGAGCAAUUUAUUGCCACAGGUAGCAAAGAUGAAACUAUUCAGCUCUACAAUAUGAAGACAAGAUCUGAACAUGGAGCCUUGCUGCAUCAUGAUGGUGAGAAAAAAAGUAUAAUUAGAUGUGGUACAAUUUCCUGUUUAGAAUUCUGCCAAACCUCUCAUUUACUAAGUGGUGGUGAAGAUGGUCUUCUCUGUCUGUGGAGCACAAAGACUUGGGAAUGUUUGAAAACCAUCAAAGCACACAAGGGCCAUGUAUCUUUUCUGUCUGUGCACCCAUCUGGAAAGAUUGCUCUAUCUGUUGGAACAGACAAGAAACUAAGAACUUGGAAUCUAAUAGACGGAAGGCCAGCUUUCAUCAAGAACAUCAAAGAAAAUGCACACAUAGUUCAAUGGUCACCAGAAGGAGAAAAGUACAUUGUUGUUGUGAAUAAUAAAUUGUUUAUCUACAACCUGGAGUCUGCCAGCAUUAUAGGCACGCUUACCUAUCGAAAGAGAAUUUCAGCCAUCAAAUUUGUUAAGAAUACAGUGCUGGCUGUGGCAGGAGAUGACGAACAUGUGCAGAUGUAUGAUCUAACCUCUGAAAAAUGCAUUUGUGAGUUCAAAGCUCAUGAGAACAGAGUAAAAGCAGUGGACAGCUUUGUGAUAAACGAUUUGUGUGUGGUGGUUACUGCAUCAAAUGAUGGAUUUAUUAAGUUGUGGAAGUUUACUCCAGAGAGCAAGGAAAUGGUACAUCUGCUGUGCCAACUAAAUACUACAGCCCGUCUUACCUGUCUGUGUGUGUGGAGAUCCAGCCCAGAGGAGGACCAAACAUCCAAGACAACAAAAUCUGAAACUGAGGCUCUGUUGUUGCCCACAAAAAAACGAGUGAGGAUUAAUGCUGAGGAAGUGGUUCUGGAAGCCAGCAGCUCAUCGAAAAAAAAGAAAAUACAGAAAUUGCAAUAGACAACAUUGGCUUAAGUGUGCAUGGUUGUUUGUAUUACAUGGUGUGUGAUAAAACUAGGGCUUGACUACACACUCGUCACAAAGCACAAGAUAACUAAUGGUAAAGACUAUGUUAUAUUGAUUAAAAAUGGAAAAAAAACUGAGUUCUUGGUUAACUAUCAGAAAUUAAAAAUGCUAUUUUCAAAA